AUGCCCGAACAUAAUACUGACUCGAGAACUGGUCUGCCUGCAAGACGACCACUCAAGCCAGGGGAAUGGGCUUGUGUGGAAGGACGGUGUUCUCAGAUCAAUCAGGAAUCCUCGUUUGUGUGUGAAGGUUGUGGAAAGCGUAGGUUACUUUGAACUUUGAUGCAUUCUCUGUUUAGAUAAACCAAAACCGAAGGGUCGCGCUGCUGCUGAGUUGGGGAAACAAGCGGCUGAAAAAUCAAAAGGUCUAUUUUCGGCCGAAGAUUGGAUGUGCACAAAGUAAGCGAAUGUUCCUUGAAUUGUGAGCCGAACCUCUUUUGUCGGGAGAACAUGAAUCAGAUGCGCCUUCAUGUUUUUUGAAUAAUUGUUUCGAAAUUUUUAGAUGCGGAAAUGUGAACUGGGCCAGAAGAAAUACUUGUAACGUCUGCAAUGCCAAGAAAUUAGGUGAUGCCGAACAGCGCACAGGUAUGUGUACAAAGGUAAACCUUUUUCAUUCUUAUUCUGUGUUUAGGUGCUUUCAAAUAAUAUUCUUCUUGCCAUAAGCCUGUCGUGUUUUUAGGAUUUGGCGGUGGGUACAACGAUCGUCAGAAUGUUGAGUACGUAAAGCGAGAAUACGACGAGGAGUUCGAUGAGUUUGGACGAAAGAAAAAGAGGAAAGGAGAGACUGGAGAUUCCAGAAGAGAUGAGUCCAGAGACGAAGACCGCCCGAAAUUAGGAGAUGUUGAUAUUGAUAAAGCGUUUUCCCUUGAGGCAAGUGCAAAAUUAUAUUUUUUAAACUUUAAAUAUAAUUUUGAAAUCGUAUUGCAAUUUUAUUUUCCUUUAAUUUCAGCCUGGCUAUGCAGAAGAUGAGGAGGAAGAAGAGGAUGAUGGAGAUGACGCUGAUCUGGCCAAGUAUGAUCUUACAGCCGACCCUGAGCUCAAGGUUUCCAUUGAUAUCACCAAACUCCAGAAGAAGACCUCAGAUGAAAAGAAGGACAAAUCUGAUUGUUCUUCUGAGUGAGUACUAUUUUUUUAAAAUUAUUUUGGGUUUAGAUGUUCUUGUUCAUGCAGUGGAGGUGAAUGUUCAUGUGAGGAGAGUGAAGAAGAACGACCGCCGGUCAAGAAAAGCCGAAGCGACAGAGAUCGAGAGCACGAUAAAAGGUAGGAUAAGAUCAGAUUUAUUUAUUAUUAAUUGAAAUAUUGGACAAGUAGGUAUAAAAACUAUUUCCGGACUUUGUUGAUGGCGUCCUCAGCUUGUUUCCGGGCUUGGCUGUAGAUGUAACAGUCUUGCCAACUCAUAAAUUGCGCGAAUUUGGGAUGGAUUACUUGAGUUUCCUUCUUUUCUGGGUUGAGGGCAUCAUAGACGGCAGCUUGGUGUAGAAGAUCCAAUCUUUUCUCAGCUUGUCGACUGAUCUGGUCCAGAUAUUCCUUGUCCAAUGGCUGAGUAUCAUGUUGGCUGGGCAUGGAAGGAAAAGAAAAAUGGCUGUAGUUGGCCAUAGUUUAAAUUAGAGCUGUUGGAAUAGGAUAAGGUGAGGUCGAAUGACUCGUUUCUGAAAGCCUCUGCCUUUAUAAACUCGGUUCGCAGAAAUUAUCUGUUACCCGGAGCAAUGAAAUCAACGUAUUUCCGGGGUUGUUGAUUAGUAUUACCUAAUAUUGCAGCUCGUUUUGUUAUUUUUGUUGUUAUUUACAGAUCCCAUCGUUCUCGAGACCGUUCUCGUGAUCGAAAUUCCCAUCGAGAUUCUCGUCGUGAGCGAAGUAAAGAACAUGGAAGAAGCCGAGAUCGAAGCCGUGAGAGAAGAAGAAGCCGCGAACGACGCCGAAGCAGAUCCAUUGAACGCCGGAGAUAUCGCUAGGAAGGACUUGAAAGGGUUCAAGAAAUGUUGUUGUUAA